AUGUCAAAUUCUGAAAUGCAAGUUCAACAUGUUGAAGGUGGAAGUAGUGGACUUUCGAUUGAUAGAAGUUUCGCUCCUUCAAAUGCUAAACAUGACUUUUAUAUUAUAGAAGUUAUGGCUCAAAGAGAGGAUGCACGAUUUCAUCAUUACCAUAUCUCGACUCAAAAUAUAAAUUAUCUGACUUUUCAUAAAUAA